GAAUCAAUUGGUACCCAAGAGUCAUGACUGCUUUCUGACCAAGAGAAUGCUGAACUUGGAUUCAUAUCCUCGGAGCUGCCAAGGACAGUAGUCCUCCAACUACUUUGAUUGGCUGCAGGUGGACAGAAGAACUCCUCUGGGCAGCUUCCUCUGUAGCUAAGGACCUCACCGGACUCCGAGGGCUGCCCAUAAUUGAUAGAAUUUACACAGGAAAGCGAGUGAGAUCUGACAGUGCAUCUGCUUUUCAGUGGAGAGGUUUCACUGAAAUCAACCUCCUGAAGAAACACACCUCAGUUCCAUCCUUCACUCAGGCGCAAUGGCAAUUGAAGCAGCUCUUGCAGUACUCCAGACAGAAAUCAACUGUCCCAUCUGCCUGGAUGACCUGAGAGACCCUGUCACCAUUGAAUGUGGGCACAACUUCUGUCGCUCCUGCAUCCAGCAGUCUUGGGCUGUUCAGGAGGACAGGUUCCCUUGUCCUGUGUGUCGUCACCGAUGCAGAGAGAGAUACAUGAGGAGCAACACCCAGCUGGGAAGGAUGGUUGACAUCACCAAGCUCCUCCAGAUCACCAGGGGCAAGAUGAAGCAGCAAGAAGAGAAGCGCUUGUGUGAGAAGCACAACCAGGCCCUGACCCUCUUCUGUGAGGAGGACCUACAGCUGUUGUGUGCCCUGUGCACUCAGCCCCCUGACCACCAGGGCCACCAGGUGAGGCCCAUAGAGGAGGCUGCCUCUCAUCACAGGCAAAGGCUCAGCAGUUACAUUGGGCCCCUGAAGAAGCAAGUUGCAGACAUUCAGAAACUAGUAGCCACCCAAGACAGGAGACUAUCAGAACUGAAAGAAAAGGUGGAAAACAGGAGAGAUAAAUUAGCCUCUGAAUUUGAAAAUCUGAUACAAUCUGUAGAGCAUGAACAAGAGGCAGUUCUCUCAAGGCUAGCUGCAGAAGAGAAGCACAUUCAACAGAAUUUCAGUGCAAACAAAACUGCAUUUUCAGACCACAUUUCCAAACUUAAAGUUCAACUAAAGGAGAUGGCAGAGAAGAGUGUGAUGUCAGAUGUGAAAUUGCUGAUGAACAUCAAAGAUGUCUUCGACCGUUGUGAAAAACUAGAACCUCCAGGUGUCUAUUGCUACCAGUUUAGGAGAGAAGAAUUCAGUCUUCCUCCACAAUGUUCAGCCCUGCAGAAAAUUAUACAGAGAUUUAGAGAAGAAGUAUUCCUGGAUCCUGAAUCUGCACAUCCUAAUCUGCUGGUGUCUGAGGAUAAAAAGUCUGUGACAUUUGUGAGGAAAAAGCAAAGAGUUCAUCAAAAUCCGAAGGGAUUUGAAGUGGAUCCAGUUGUCCUGGGUACUAAAGGGUUUGACUGUGGCCGACAUUACUGGGAGGUCCAGGUGGAUGACAAGCCUGAGUGGGCCGUGGGGGUCUGUAAAGACUCCCUCUCCGAGGAGAAAAAGCAGCCCCUGCUAAGACAGGAGAACAGAUGUUGGAUGAUUCAGCUGCAGGAUGGUGACUAUGUGGCAGGAGGGUCUGCUCCUGUCACCCUUGUGCUGAAGAAAAUGCCCAGAGGGAUUGGCAUCUAUCUGGACUAUGAGUUGGGUCAGGUUUCCUUUUACAGUUUGAAUGACAUGUCUCAUAUCCAUUCCUUCAGGGACACAUUUUCUGAAGUGCUAAAGCCUUACUUCUAUAUCGGAUGUGAUCCCAAACCUCUUACUAUCUGUGCAUUAAAAGAUUAGGAAGGAUGAACUGUCACUUCGUUUCAUUUUCUUCCUGUAAUUUA